CAGAGCGGAGCGGAGGAUGCUGCGGGCGGGGGCCGCCGCCAGCCCCGGUCCCCGUCCCGGUCCCGGUCCCGGGCGGGAGGACUCCCCGCCGCCCCCCGCCCGCUGAGCCCCGGCCCGGCCAUGGGGGCCCUGACCAGCCGGCAGAACGCAGGGGUGGAGGAAGUGGAUAUCCCCGCGAAUUCCGUCUACAGAUACCCCCCGAAAUCCGGGAGUUACUUUGCCAACCACUUCAUCAUGGGCGGGGAGAAGUUCGACUCCGCGCAGCCCGAGGGGUACCUCUUCGGCGAGAACAGCGACCUCAACUUCCUGGGGAACCGGCCCGUGGUGUUCCCUUAUGCUGCUCCACCUCCUCAGGAACCUGUGAAGACCCUCAGGAGCUUAAUCAACAUCCGCAAGGACACCCUGCGCCUGGUCAAGUGCUCGGAGGAGGUGAAGACCCCGGGGGAAGAAGUGAGCAAAGCCAAGGUGCACUACAACGUGGAGUUCACCUUCGACACGGACACCCGUGUGGCCAUAACCAUCUACUACCAGGCAACUGAGGAAUUCCAGAAUGGGGUGGCGAGCUACACCCCCAGGGACAACAGCCUGCAGUCCGAGACGGUGCACUACAAGCGGGGGGUGUGCCAGCAGUUCUGUGUCCCCUCCCACACCAUCGACCCGUCCGAGUGGAGCGAGGAGGAGCUGGGCUUUGACCUGGACCGCGAGGUUUAUCCCAUGGUGGUGCAGGCAGUGGUGGAUGAAGGAGAGGAGCACAGUGGGCACUGCCAUGUGCUGCUGGCCACCUUUGAGAAGCACAGUGAUGGCACCUUCUGCGUGAAGCCCCUCAAGCAGAAGCAAGUGGUGGAUGGUGUGAGCUACCUCCUGCAGGAGAUCUACGGCAUCGAGAACAAGUACAACACACAGGACUCCAAGGUGGCCGAGGACGAGGUGAGCGAUAACAGCGCCGAGUGCGUGGUUUGCCUGUCGGACGUCCGGGACACCCUGAUCCUGCCCUGCCGCCACCUCUGCCUCUGCAACACCUGCGCCGACACCCUGCGCUACCAGGCCAACAACUGCCCCAUCUGCAGGCUGCCUUUCCGAGCCUUGCUUCAAAUCCGAGCCAUGAGGAAAAAGCUGGGCCCGCUCUCGCCCACCAGCUUCAACCCCAUCAUCGCCUCGCAGACCUCCGACUCCGAGGAGCACUCGUCCUCGGAGAACAUCCCCCCGGGUUAUGAGGUGGUGUCGCUGCUGGAGGCCCUCAAUGGGCCGCUGACGCCGUCGCCGGCUGCGCUGCCCCUGCGAGCGCUGGGGGACCCCCCGGGCGUGGGGACCCUGCCCUCCUACGGCAGCGAUGGCCCCCUGCCCCCCCUGAGGGCCCUGUCACCCCUUGAGCGCCUGCCCGACUGCGGCCCCCCGGGGCUCAAGCUGAAGAAGAGCAUCUCCAAGUCCAUCUCACAGAACUCCUCCAUCCUGCCCGAAGAGGAAGAUGAGAAGUCGUGCACUGAGUCCGAGCUGAGGGUCUCCAGGAGGAGAUCCCCAGCCCGGCAUGAGGAGGAAUGUGGUGCAACGCCAGAGAGUGAAAAUUUCACCCUGUCAUCAUCAGGAGCCAUCGACCAGUCCUCGUGCACUGGGACACCCCUGUCCUCUACCAUCUCGUCCCCAGAAGAGCCCGUCAGCAGCAGCCUGGCUCAGUCCGUCAUGUCCAUGGCCUCCUCCCAGAGCCAGCACUCCCAGCUCAGCACCGACACCGUGUCCUCCAUGUCUGGCUCCUACAUUGCCCCUGGCACAGAGGAGGAAGAGGAGGAGGAGGAGGAAGAGGAGGGGGACGUGCUCCCCUCGCCCGCGGCUGCAAGCGCCACAGCCUCUGAUGGAGAGUCAACACCUGUGGAGUCCCCGGAUGUGAAUUUUGUCAGCAUUUCUGCCGAGGAGCGCGAUGCCGAGGGCAACGAUGUGCUGGAGGACGAGGACGCCUCUCCCACACAGGAAGACGGCCCGAGGACUGGCGCUUUCCUCGGUCUGAGGUGUGACAAUAACAAUGACAUGGGCAUCGCACACGUGAAAGCGCUGGACAAUAAACUGUGCUCUGAGGCCUGCUUACCUGGCCUAGAGGCAGCCAACAACAACGUGGGGCUGCAGCAGACCUGGCCCCGCUGCCCCCCUGGCCCCUGGGACCCGGAGCAUGCAGCGGCCGCCCUGCCCAUGUGAGGGCUCAGCCUCGGUGGGGGCACAGACACCCCUGCCCACCCAGAGGGACCCUGGUGUCUGGGCACCCUGGGCAUCGUCACUGCCACCCCUUGGCUGUACCAGGACUGAUUUUCAAAAGAAAAGAUGGUAACAUCGACUUUUCCGUGGGGGCUGAAAGCCAUGUUACUUUGGAGCUCCCUACUAGCACCUUCCCAUUCUCCAGCCCCAGCGGGGACAGGCUGGGGUCCCCUCCUGCCCCCCCGGUCAUCUUACACCCCCAGGCUCCUCUCCUCCAAAGUGUGGAGCAGAUGGGACAGGGUCACCUCACCAAGGGGGCUCUGGGAUGUGGGUGGGUGGGGAGGAUGGGAGGAUGCUGUUCAGGUGUGUGGGUCGUAGGAUGAGUGUUGGGAUUGUCAUCCUUGGUGCAUGACCUGCUGACUUUCAUGGGGGGCCGCCCCCACCCCAGGUUUGCUGGACCGUGCCCCUGCCCUGCGCUGUCCCCAGGCCACGGGAUGUCCCCAUUAAUGCGCUGGCAGUAAUGGUGCCCCCAUAGCUCCCUCUCCCUCUGCUCUCCUCCUGAGCAGCACCUGGGCUCCUGGGCCUGGCCCCGAGGUUGCUGUUCCCGAGGGCACGAGCAGGGUGGCAGGGGUGGGCAGGAGGCCUGGUACCACCCCCAGCCCGGUCACCAGCCCGUGGGGUGUUGACAAUUCCUCCUCUCUGUCUUCCGCCCUGCUGUGAGCUCAGGGCUCUGGGCUGUGCCCUCUCUCUGGAACAAGUGCCAAAAGUGUCACCCCCAUGCCACCCGUCCUGCCCUCCCCCUAACACGUUGUGGCAAGGGGUGGGUGAGGGUGUGGGAGCUGCCCCCAUCUCCAUCCCCAUCCCUCUGGCCAGCACUGGGCUGACAGCAUAAGUGGAUUUUUCUCCAAGGGCAGACACACAGGGAUAGUAAAGCAGGAGGGAUAAAGCCACAGACCUUGGGGGCCUGGUGGGGCCACUGGUAGAGCCAGGCUCCACUCCAGAGAGCAUCAAGGACAGUCAGAAAUCACUUGGAGCAACAUCAGACCCUGCAUCCCAAGCUAGCGGGCUCUGGGGCUGUUUGGGGCAGCCCAGGUGGGAAGCUGAGCCUCCCUUUUCCCCACCUGGUUUUGUCACAUGGCUGUGGCAGCAAAGGCCGCCUCCUCUUUGCAGGACACAGCUGUGUUUCAGAGCCACCUUAGCACAGGGAUGUCUGUGCGCUGAAAGCCGUGUCCCUGGAAGGGUGGCUGUGGGAAGCAGGCUCCCAGUGCCAUCCCCACGGCAGAGCAUGGGCUCUGCUGAUCAUGGCUGUGGCUCCUAAAGAAGGUUGAAGCCCUUUUUGGGGACUGGGGGGUGUUUUCUCUGCCUGGCUCACAGCCAAGGCCAUGGUAGCUGCUUGCUCUGUGGCCCCAGUGUGGGUCCUGCCAGAGGUGGUUUUGGAGCCAGCCAUCCCACUGCUCUCUCCUCUGGGCUGGCUGUGUCUCCUCUCAACAGCUCAACAGCUCCCACAUUCCUCCCUGGGAACCCAGGGCUGGGUGCUUGGUGUGAGGGGGUGACAUCUCCAAAAGGCCAUCCUGUGGCGUGCGAGGUGGGAGCUGCAAACAGCAGGGAGGGCUGAAGUGGUGGGGACAAGCCUUGUACCCCGUUUGGGGACGUGCUGGGUGUCCCAGCCCUAAGGAGCCACAGCACCACACAGGGAGAGCUUUGGAGGUUCAUCGUUGUGCUGAGCUGAGAAAACCACGGCAGCCAUCUCUUCCCUAAGUCUCCAGCGUGGGCAGGGGAGAGAAAAUCGGGCUGAUGCUCCAGGGGCACCUCCUCUACCAAAGCCCAACCUUCCUCGUGGUUUCAAAGGGGACAAGGACAGCUGGCCUGGCAUCCUGGCACAGGCUGCAACGGUGCUUGUGGCUGCCAGCAGAACAAGGAGGGACCGUGAGGGAUUUCUGGCUCCUCUGGGCGGUGAAAAGGCUGAAGGAGCAGCCAGACAAACUCACGGGGUGGCUGCGGGUGGGGGCUGCCCCUCGCUCAGAGCAACCGCGGCUGCGAUGGAGAGGAGCCGGGAGGAUGCUGUGGCCGAGCAGUGCUGCUGCCUGGCUGUGAGCAAAGAAUCCAUCCUCUGGGUGGCACAGGAGAGACGGGAUUUGGGCAUGAGUGACAUCAGUGCCGUCCUCGGCCACCCAGAAGGGAUAAGGGGCAGGCAGGAGCUGCCAGCGCAGCGUGGGGUGGAAGGUGACAGCCCCGUGUCUCAUGGGGCAGCCCCUUGUUCCAGUGCCCCACGUGUCAGGGAUUUAAGGAAGGAAACCAGAUUGCUGCUUACGAUUUUGCUUUGAGCAUGUUUUGGAUUUUAAGAGUAUGUUUAAUAAAGGGUAUCUUACGUCGA